AUGCAGGAACGCAUUUGCUCAAAUCAAAAUUCGCCGAGAUCCCUCCUCUGUAUGAACUUGUGCUUGCGUCUGAUGCUCCGUAGACUGAGAACUUGCACGAGAAAGUUUUUUUUUUUCUUUUUUUUUUUCUUUUUUUUGGCUUUGCAUCCUGCGUUCCCGUUUCGCCGGGUUGGGCCUCGCCGAAAGAGUUCCACCGAACAACAUGCUCCUUCCGAUCCUCAAACAUCUCUCUCUGACAGAGCCCCCGACGAUCUAGCAAGAGCAAAAAUCAGCGGAAAGGGUCCGUCUUCAGAUGUUGGCCUCUGCCAUGCCGAGGUGGGCAAGGUUGGCCGAGAGUGUUUCGGGGUCCACAUCACCUAUCUCCCAUCAAUGAUUCAGAAGCACAAAUGUAGUAUAUAUAUGCAAACCUUUCUUUAA